AUGUCGGUUUCACCAACCGCAACCUCUGAUCCUUUUGUCGAUACAAACUCGAACUUCACAGCGAUCAACGGCACCAAUCGUGAAGCACUUCGCGAAGAGCACACCAAGAACUUCGACAACUACUACAUUGACGACACGAUUGUGCGCGAGCCGUACGUCGAGCCAUCUCCGAAAGUCAAGAAGACUCGCGGCAAGAAGCGGGCUGCCGACGUCAGCGACCCUUCAGACAAGAACGCUGAACCUUCGAAGAAGAUGAAAAUUGCGACCAAGGAGACUUCGUCAAGCUCUGCUGAAGGCGACGUCACUUCAGAAGAGACUCAAGUUCGUCGCUCCGGCCGCUCCACUGCAGGGCAGAAGCGCAAAGCCGACGACUUCGCCACCGAACAGCCUAUCACGCCAGAAUCGCCGCUUGCCAAGAAGUCGAAGCCGUCUGCAAACGCCACGAGCAAAGUCGGAGGCAAGGCAGUCGACAUGGAGCCUGUAACGCCACCUCGAAAGCGUCCAGCCAGUAUCACCCGCACUCUUCGUACCGAGCGCAAGUAUCCGAAGACUCGCACGCCCUCCUUGCAGCUUGCCAAGAAGACUGAAGUCACGCUCGCCGACGAUUCAGACGCCGAGCUCAAAGCCGAGAGUCUAGAGCCCAGCGAUGCUGAAGAGUCUGCUGUCAAGUCUUCUCGUGCUUCUGGCAAACAGACACCAUGCAAGAAAGAAGUCAAGAGUGCCGUGCCUAGCGACUACAAAGGCAUCGCCACUAGUCUGGGAACGACAUCAGAGAAGCCUGACAAUGCCCCACUCGACCAUCCUUGGGCUUGUGCUAAUCGUGCCUGCUGCUCCGGCAUGACUUGGUACCACCGCGAGUCCAAAGGCAGUGACGGCUUCGGACGCAAGACCAUCUCCCAAUUCUUUGGCCGCAACAAGAAGGAGACUCAUCGUAUCGACGGCGAUGUCUGGCACACGUACUGUCGCAAAGACUACCAGCGGAUGUACUACAAGGCAAUCCGUGCUGAAGGUGGCGAGUACAAGUGGCACAUGGACAAUCUCAACCAGCAGUUCAUCCGUCUCAAGCUGUGGCGUCCCGAGGCUACCUUCACAGUUGGGCUCAGCAAGAAGAUGGGUGAGAAGGCCAGCGAGUGGCAUCGAAUCUUACGCAAGCAUAAGAGUGACAAGGGUGCCGCCAAGGUUGAGUUCGACAAGCACAAGACGUGGGGUGUCAAGGAAGCCAAGGUGUCGAAGCGCAAGACUGUCAAGACGUCCACGCCAGAAGACUCUUUCCCUGUCGACUUCGUCGAUCAGUUCUCGGCUACGUGCUGCAAGAGUGAUGUCGACUACGAUGGCAUCGAGGACACGAUGCACUAUCUGCAGGAUCUGUACGACGAUGAAACUCUGAUGCACAUGCCGCCGAUUGAGUUUCUGAUCAGCGAUGUGAAGAAGGGCGAGACUGUCAAUGAUCCGAAGAAGAACUAUCAGCUUUGGAUUGAUGAGAUGGAGAAUGAGACCCCGUCAGAGGCAGAAGCUGAUGGGGCUGAAGAGGCCGAGGAUGGUGCUGCGGCUGAGAAAGCUGACAGCGGCGAGGAGAUCAAGGUUGAGCCCACUGCCAGCGAGGUCGAGCCCACUGCCAGCGAGGUCGAGCCCACUGCUAGUGACGACGAGGGCUCUGACAUCCGCGUUGCUGCUCCUCUAAGCCAGAUCAGAAAUGAUCCGGACUUCUUCGGCCAUCUGCAAGAACUCACCGCCAAGUUUGCCGCCGCCUCCAAGCACGCCCAUCACGACGAUGAAGACGACAGCGCUGCCUCCGAAGCCGAUCAAAGCGAUGAUGAAGCAGAGGAGAUCAUCAUAUCCCAGGCUCGUAGACCCAGCCACACCGAGUACAGCACCAGCUCCAUUGUCAACUCUAUCGAACAGUCAGUCCCCGCUCCCGCUCCUCUGCCCCUCUACACGCCACCGAAACCCAUCGUCAAGAAGCCUUUCAAGCUGACUCCUGUCGAUCCAACAGGCCGAUAUGAGCGGCUAUCGACUACACUCGGUUCUAAGCCGGGUAAUGGUAGGACACCGCCGGUGGUUGAUCGGAUCGUUAAGCAUUAG